AUGGCUCUGGCCGGCAGGACGGCGAUGUGGUGGGUCCGCAUGCGGAGCCCCUGCCCCGCUUCCUCCUCGCUGAGUGUGCCGCCCUGGCUACCCGCGGGGCUUGCGGCGUGCGAGCGGCUGUACAGCUCCCGCAGCAAGGACAAGUUGGAUGUGUCAACAUAUCCUGUUGAAAGCAUUAGAAACUUCAGUAUCAUAGCUCAUGUAGAUCAUGGCAAAAGUACACUAGCAGACAGAUUGUUGGAAAUUACAGGAACAAUUGCUAAAACUACCCACAACAAACAAGUGCUGGAUAAGCUGCAGGUGGAGCGUGAAAGAGGAAUUACAGUGAAAGCACAAUCUGCGUCUCUGUUCUACAAGCACGAAGGAGUGAACUACCUCUUAAAUCUUAUUGACACACCAGGCCAUGUAGAUUUCAGCUAUGAAGUAUCACGAUCCCUGUCUGCCUGUCAAGGUGUCAUACUUGUAGUGGAUGCAAAUGAGGGUAUUCAGGCUCAGACAGUGGCAAACUUCUACCUUGCCUUUGAAGCACAGCUUGCAAUUAUUCCUGUCAUAAACAAGAUUGACUUGAAGAAUGCAGACCCUGAAAGAGUUGAGAAACAAAUUGAGAAGCUGUUUGAUAUCCCUACAGAUGAAUGUAUAAGGAUCUCUGCUAAACAAGGAACAAAUGUUGAAAAAGUUCUUCAGAAGGUCAUUGAGAAGAUUCCACCCCCCCAAUGUAAUCCUGCUGAUCCAUUGAAAGCCUUGGUGUUUGACUCCACCUUUGACCACUACCGAGGUGUCAUAGCUAACAUUGCACUCUUCGGUGGGGAGAUUCAGAAAGGGCAUAAAAUUGUGUCUGCACACACAAAGAAAAGAUACGAAGUUCAUGAAGUUGGAAUUCUGACUCCAAAUGAGCAGCCAACACACAAGCUAUAUGCUGGACAGGUGGGCUACCUGAUUGCUGGAAUGAAAGAAGUAACAGAAGCCCAAAUAGGAGACACACUGUUUAUGUAUAAAGAGCCAGUGGAGCCUUUGCCUGGCUUUAAGUCAGCGAAGCCAAUGGUUUUUGCAGGAAUGUAUCCAGUAGAUCAAACAGAGUAUAACAACCUCAAAAGUGCUUUGGAGAAGCUGACCCUGAAUGACUCCAGUGUAACUCUUCAUCGGGACAGUAGCCUUGCCUUAGGAGCUGGAUGGAGGUUGGGUUUCCUUGGUCUUUUGCAUAUGGAAGUUUUUAAUCAGCGUUUGGAGCAAGAGUAUAACAUGUCUGUGAUUUUGACUGCCCCUACAGUUCCAUACAAAGCUGUUCUUUCCUCAGCAAGGUUGAUAAAGGAGUAUGGUCAAACAGAGAUGACUAUUAUCAACCCUGCUCAGUUUCCUGAUAAACUUUCAGUUUCUGAAUAUUUGGAGCCAACUGUUCUUGGGACUAUUGUAACACCUCAUGAAUACAUUGGAAAAAUAAUUGCCUUGUGUCAGGAUCGCAGGGCAGUCCAGAGGGAUAUGUUGUACAUCGAUGAACACAGGGUUAUGCUCAAAUACCUCUUUCCACUGAAUGAAAUUGUGGUGGAUUUUUAUGAUACUCUCAAGUCUCUGUCUUCUGGCUAUGCAAGUUUUGAUUAUGAAGAUGCAGGAUACCAGGCAGCAGACCUUAUCAAAAUGGAUAUUCUUCUCAAUGGAAAUCCAGUUGAGGAACUGGCAACAAUCAUACACAAUGACAAGGCAUAUGCCAUGGGGAAGUUGCUGUGUGAACGUUUGAAAGAUGCCAUACCUAGACAGCUGUUUGAAAUAGCCAUCCAGGCUGCUAUUGGCAAGAAAAUCAUUGCAAGAGAAACGCUGAAAGCUUACAGAAAAAAUGUUGUGGCAAAAUGUUAUGGUGGAGACAUCACAAGAAGAAUGAAGCUUUUGAGAAGGCAGGCAGAAGGGAAGAAGCUGAUGAGAAAAAUUGGCAAUGUGGAAGUACCAAGAGAUGCCUUCAUACGUGUUUUGAAGAGACAAACUGACAAGUAGAGAUGAGUGACAAGCAGCUGAUGAUUCUCUCAACUUCUUGUAGACAUUAGCAGAGUAAGCUAAUGUUUGAUGGAUUGCUGCGCGAGGGAACGUGCUGGCUUGAAACAGUGUAAAUUCAAUAACUGGGAGCAUAAAUGGAAACUGUACAGAUAC